AUGCUCGGGGACUUAAGUGUUCGGCGGGCGAUGAGUCGCCUGCACAACAAGACGGCGGAGCAGCGGCGGGUGGUGGACGAGAUGCGGCAGCGUGCCGAGGCGCUCACGGGAAGUGGACGGGCCUCGGCAAAGGCGAAGAAUAAGAAGCCGCCGCCGCUGUGCUUCGUUGAGGUGGCAGGGGAGGCGGACCUCAAACAAGGUUUCUUUCCUGACGGCAUGCUAAGCGGUGUCGCCAUUGGCGUCUCGGAUGCGCUGGACGUGCUGGAAUUUCGCACGCGCUACGGGGCGGAGUCGCCGCUGCUACACCAGAUGCCACACACGGAAUUCGCCUUUGUCUCUUGGCUGCGCCGCCGCGGCGCCCGGUUCAUUGGAAAGCUGGCCUGUAAGACACCGCUGACGAUGGGCGAGGCAAGCGUGCUUGUCCCGGAGCACCCUGCGGCCGCGGCGGUGCAUCUGAAGGCAUGUAAUUACGCCAUUGGAUCCGCCCUCAUGGGGCCGGCGGCUCUGAGCUCACCGGUGCACUACGACGUCGCUGCAUUUAAGCCCACUGCACAGUGCUUCGCCACCUUCACGGGAGGAUACCGCUUGAGUAUUCCUUCCAUGUCUAUUGGUAUAACAGCGGCCCGCCUCGACGACAUCUUCUAUCUCUGGGAAGUGUUUACCUCCGCUAUUCAGCCGGGCUACUUUCUUGACGAGAGCCAACGAGAGCCAGGUGGCGGUGGCAGCAGCACCGGCACCGAUCAGGACAGCAAAACCCAUGGCGUUAGCGGCAGCAGCAGCAGCAGCAGCAGCACCAGAACCAGAACCAGCGUCAGUGCUGGUAGUAGCAACAGGAGUGGUGGUGGUGUUGCGGCUGGGGGCGCUGCCAGACCGUCGAGGAGCGUAAGCUACAUGGGCUUUGAUAAAGUCAGCAUGUCAGGUUCACCGAAGGAGCUCCGGGGUCGUCACACGGAACUGUCGGUCGGCUACCCCGCCGACUGGAUUGACAGCCUCUGCCAGGAGCGGCUGUUGUCCGCCGACGAGUUUCGCCGCCGCAUUCUCCGCCUUGUCACGACGCAGAAUGCGAUGCGCAAGAAUGAGCUGCUGGAGGUCAUCCCACUGACGCUGGACGUUGACCUCGAGGUGGUGUUCAAGGCCAUCCAAACCAUUUCCCUCUAUGAACUUUCACGGGCGGUCGACGGCCUCUUCGCCCCUGCAGGCCACGGCGGUGGCAGGGCGUCGUCGUCGCGCCCCUCCACAAUGUCGCAGUCGGGGCUACUGGAUGAGCUUCCGGAUGAGUUGGUGCCAGCCAUCUUCAACGGCAGGGCGCUGACAAGUCUCGAUUACCAGCGGGCCCUGCGAACCCGCGAAAAUGUUGCGCGGGCCACGGCAGAGCAGUUUCGCGAUGUGGAUCUUAUUGUAACACCCAUCUUGUCGGAGCCGUACGUCAGCGGCAGCAUGCGCAGCAUCGCCCCUCUACUCCCCUUCUCGCUGGGUGGCAACCCGAUGGUCUCCGUGCAGCUGGAGGCGGACCUACCGGUGGCGUUGAUCGGGGAGCUGGGGCGCGACACAGGGCUGUUUGAGGACAGCACCACAUUCCUUCAAUUUGUUCGCGGGACAUCUCCGCCCUGGUGGCGCCGAAAGUUCAUGAGCUGA